AUAGAACUAGCCAAGAAGCAUGGGAAACCGAAACCGCACAUCGUCGUUGAAUAUCUCACACCACAACCUCUACAACGUCACCAUCCUCACCCUCCUCACCUGCAGCCCCUCCGAAGUCCACUCCUGGAUCUCUGAUAUCCUCCACCGCCACCGCCGCCGAAGCACUCUCCUUGUCGGCCUGGACAUCGAGUGGCGCCGCAACUUCCGCCGAGACAUGAACAACCCAGUGGCCACCCUCCAACUCUGCGUGGGCCGUCGCUGCCUUGUCUUUCAAAUACUUCACGCUCCCUUCAUUCCUCUUUCACUCGUUUCCUUCCUCGAAGACGCCAACCACACCUUUGUGGGUGUUGGGAUCCAAGACGACGUUCAGAAGCUUCUAGAAGACCGCUCAUUCCGCGUACCCAACGUCAUCGAACUUCGCUCCCUCGCUGUUGAGAAGCUCGGUGACCCUGAGUUGAACAGAGUUGGGCUCAAGAAGCUGGGCCUGAGGGUGUUGGGCCUGGAGGUUGAUAAGCCCAAGAAGAUCACUAAGAGUAGGUGGGACAAUGGGUGGCUCAGUGAUGAACAGGUUCAGUAUGCUGCUAUUGAUGCUUUUGUCUCCUUUGAGAUUGGACGACGUUUGAGUUCCUAG